ACGUGGACCUACUUGCCCGCUCCACUACUCCAUAUCCGGCAGCUCCCCCACUACCGUCCCCGCAGGGCAACGCAGCGGCGGAUCGUUCCACCUACCCCAGCCGGCGAGUCAUCCUCGCCCGUCGGCGGAAGGCGGCCUUGUUCCGUAUGCGCUCUCCGUGAUCGUGUUGUUGUAUUUGGUAGCUGGCGGCGGCCGCCCCAUGUCCUGGCCGUGGGACGAGGUGGUGGAGUUCACCAAGGCGGCCCAGGGGAUGGGCUGCGACCCCUCCGGCUGGGCGGUGCAGGUCUCCUCCGCGCUGGCCGCACACGGCGUCGCGAUUCCGUCGCCGGAGCUGGCGCAGCUACUAGCAUCCCACCUGUGCUGGGAAAACGACGUGCCGCUCGCCUGGAAAUACGUCGAGAAGGCCCUCGCAGCCAACAUAGCGCCUCCCAUGCUUCUCGUGGCGCUCCUCUCCGUCAGGGUUAUUCCAAAUCGGCAUUAUAAGCCGGUGGCAUAUAGACUGUAUCUGGAACUUUUCCGGAGGCAUGCAUUUUCCUUCACAUCGCAGAUAAAGGGGUCACAUUUUAAGAAGACAAUGGCUUCAAUUGAUGAUAUUCUUCAUCUUUCUGAAAAAUUUGGUGUUCAAGCAUGUGAACCAGGAGCCUUAGUAGUUGAGUAUGUCUUUGCCAUUUUAUGGCAGUUACUUGAUGCAACCUUAGAUGAUGAAGGGUUGCAAGAAAUAACACCUGUGAAGAACCCCGAGUGGGUAACUAAGACCCAAGACAUGGAGAUAGAGGGAGAAGUUGCACUCAGUGAGAAAAAAACUGAAUACAAUGAAAAGCUGCAGACACUAAAUACCAUAAUGGCAAUUGAAGUAGUUUGGCAUUUUCUGCAUCAGAAAGUAAUUUCCAAGCUUCUCUCCUUGGCACGUGAAAACAUGCCAUCUCAUUGGGAUGCUUUCACUCAUCAUUUAAACUUACUAGCGACAAGCUCCUCAGCAUUGCGUAACUCAACAGUAUCACCUGAAAAAUUGCAGUUCUUCAUUAUUGACACUUCACGAUUUGGCAGAGAAGGAAAAUCUAGACAUUGCCAUGCAGUUUCCACUGUAGUUUCUUCUGGUUCUUUAACAUCUUCUGGUGGUCAUGGCCCAGGAUAUAGUAAUUGUUCCCUCUGGAUUCCCAUAGAUUUAUAUCUUGAAGACUGUCUUGAUGGAUCAGUUGCUGCUACAGACGCAAUUGAAGUCCUUAGUGGUUUAAUCAAGGCUCUUCAUGCAUUUAAUGGUAGCACCUGGCAUGAUGCAUUUCUGGCAAUUUGGAUGGCUUCCCUUCGAUUUGUACAAAGGGAAAGGGAUCCUCUUGAAGGUCCAGUGCCCCACCUUGACACACGAUUGUGCAUGUUACUAUCAAUAACCACACUUUCCAUUGCUAACAUCAUUGAGGAAGAAGAAGCAACAGCUAUUGAUGUAGUAGAACCAAGCAACCAAUGGAAAGAAAAAACAUCUGUUGGGAGAUGCCGUAAAGAUCUAGUGUCUAGUAUAAAGAUUCUUGGUGAUUAUGAGAACUUACUGGUUCCUCCUCCAUCUGUUACAUCUGCAGCUAAUAAGGCUGCAGCAAAAGCUAUGUUGUUUGUUUCAGGUCUCGCAGGUGGCAGUGGACAUCCUGAGAGUGCCAUGAAUGACAAGACAGUAAAUUGCAUUGGCAAUAUGAGACAUUUGAUUGUUGAGGCUUGUAUUUCACGUAAUUUGUUGGAUACAUCAGCAUACUAUUGGCCAGGUUACAUUAGUGGACAUAUCAACCAGAUACCUCGUGCUUUGCCUAAUCAAGUUCCUAAUUGGUCUGCAUUGAUGAAGGGCGCACCUCUCACUUCGUCAGUGGUAAAUGCCUUGGUGGCAACUCCCGCUUCAAGCUUGGCAGAGCUUGAGAAGAUAUUUGAAAUUGCUAUUAAUGGAUCUGACAAUGACAAAGUAUCUGCUGCAACCAUCCUGUGUGGAGCCUCACUAGUUCGUGGAUGGAAUAUUCAGGAGCAUACUGUUCGUUUUGUUGCGAAGCUGCUUUCACCUUCUGUUCCUGCUGACUAUGCUGAAGCUGAAAGCCAUUUGAUUAGUCAUGGUCCUAUACUUAAUAUUGUUCUUACUGGAAUAUCAUCUGUCGACUGUGUCCAAGUCUUCUCAUUUCAUGGCUUGGUACCAGAACUUGCAGGAGCCUUGAUGGCAAUUUGUGAAGUUUUUGGAUCUUGCUUUCCUAGUAUCUCGUGGACCAGUACCACUGGGGAAGAGAUCUCCGUGCAUACAGUGUUCUCAAAUGCAUUUAUUCUUCUACUGAGAUUAUGGAAGUUUAAUCAUCCACCACUUGAAUAUUGCAUAAUGGGAGAUGAAGCUCCAGUUGGCUCACAAUUGACUCCUGAGUUCCUUCUUUUGCUCCGUAAUUCACGUGUUUUAUCAAAUGGAAAGAUAACAAAGAACAGAAGCAGCUCUGAACCACUCUCAGCUGCCACAAGUUCAUCCUCUAUGCAGCCCAUUUUUAUGGAUUCAUUUCCAAAACUAAAGACAUGGUACCGACAGCAUCAGGCAUGUUUAGCAUCAACACUCUCUGGACUUGUUCACGGAACUCCAGUUCAUCAAAAUGUAGAUGUUCUUCUCAACAUGAUGUUUGGGAAAUUCACCGGAGGGAGUAACCAAACAAUUGUGUCUGGAACAUCUGGAAAUAGCAAUUUAAGCAGUUCAUCUGGCCCUGCUGAUGACAUCUCCUCUAGACCCAAGUUAGCUGCCUGGGAUAUUAUGGAAGCUGUUCCUUUUGUAGUUGAUGCUGCUCUUACUGCUUGUUCCCAUGGAAGGCUAUAUCCACGGGAAUUAGCUACAGGCCUCAAAGAUCUUGCUGAUUUCCUUCCUGCAUCUCUGGCCACCAUCGUGAGUUACUUCUCGGCUGAAGUAACUCGUGGUGUUUGGAAGCCAGCUUAUAUGAAUGGAACAGAUUGGCCUAGCCCUGCUGCAAAUUUGUCCAGUGUCGAGGAGAAUAUCAAAAAAAUAGUGGCCACCACCGGUGUUGAUGUCCCUAGUCUGGUUGCAGGAGGAAGCUCGUUGGCUACUCUUCCACUACCUUUAGCAGCAUUUGUCAGCCUCACGAUUACUUAUAAACUCGACAAAGCCUCGGAGCGAUUCCUUAACCUUGCUGGUCCGGCGUUGGAGAAUCUCGCAGCUAGUUGUCCUUGGCCAAGCAUGCCGAUCGUUGCUGCCUUGUGGACCCAAAAGGUGAAGAGAUGGACUGAUUUCCUAGUGUUUUCUGCAUCCCGUACCGUCUUCCACCACAACAAAGAUGCAGUUGUUCAGCUUCUCAAAAGUUGUUUCAGUGCGAUGCUCGGUCUAUCUCCUCAAAUACCAAACCAUGGAGGUGUGGGCGGACUUCUUGGACAUGGAUUUGGUUCUCAUUUUUCUGGUGGUCUUUCCCCUGUUGCUCCGGGAAUCCUCUAUCUCCGAGUCUACAGAUGCAUCAAGAACAUCUUCCUACUAACCGAAAUGACACUCUCCCUAUUAAUGGCCUCAGUUAAAGACAUCAUGGGAACUGUAGUUUCAAAGGAGACAUCUGAGAAACUGAAGAAAACAAAGUACGGGAUGAAAUAUGGUCAGGUCUCACUUGCCGCCGCAAUGGCACGUGUUAAAGCAAUAGCUACUCUUGGAGCCACAUUUGUGUGGCUAUCUGGUGGAUCAGGUAUCGUCCAGUGUCUGCUUCAAGAGAUGCUCCCUUCAUGGUUCAUCUCAGCCCAUGAGUUAGAUGAGGAAGGAGGCAAUGGGGGUAUCGUAUGUAUGCUGAUCGGACAUGCACUGGCUUACUUUUCUGUCCUCUGCGGAAUGUUUGCCUGGGGCAUUGACUCAGUAUCCGUCUCUAAGCGUCGCGCAAGGGUCAUCACAUCGCACAUGGAGUUCUUGGCGAGCGCAUUAGAAGGGAAGAUCUCAUUAGGAUGUGAUUGGGUGCUAUGGCGUGCUUAUGUUUCUGGGUUUGUGAGUUUAGUGGUGGAUUGCGCGCCGAGUUGGGUGCUCGAGGUUGAGCUGCAUGUUUUGACGAGUGUCAGUCAAGGGCUGAAGCAAUUGAAUGAGGGUGAGCUUGCGCUUGCACUUCUCAAGAAAGGUGGAGUUAUGGCAAUGGGCGCGGCUGCUGAACUGAUCUUGGCUAGUGAAUAAUGCUCUUACGCUGCCCAAGAUGAGUUAGUUUCCCUUCUGUUCUUCUUCCUUAAAUUUGGCAUUGCUAAGCUUACAAUGGCUAUAUCCAAUUUCUAUUUAAGCGUGCUGUUUUAUAAGUUACUUAUGGAUUGCAUUUCACCUACCUGAUCUUGUUCACAACUUUAACUGAGAUCUUGUUCACAAUUUUUUAUGUUGGGAAUUUUGCAAAAGCAUCAACUUUCUAA